CAAAAAGCGUGUCUCUCUCCCGCCCAGAGACCAGAGCUCAUAGCCCAGAGCCCAGAGGAGAAGUGUCCCCGAGGCGAAGAUCGCCGCCGAUCCGAUCCGAUCCGCAACCGAAGCAAAGCGAAGGGCGUGAAGCUCCGCGACUUGCUCCCAAUUACAAUUUUGAAAAGUGUUGCAAAAGAAACAAUUAAAUUAUAAUUCGAGCCCGGAUUCGAACAGAACAGUGUUGCCGUGUCGUGUGCCGGCCCGUGUGACAAACGGCAGGCAGGAGGUGCGCCCCAGCAGUUCCACCAGCCCAAGAGGCAGGAGGCAAGAAUAUAUAUCGCCAAUGGUCCAUGGGUCAAUAUCAUAAUCUGAGACAGCAGCAGCAGCAGGAGAAGAGCCAGGAGGAGCAGAAGGGGAAGGAGGAGCACUCGGAGCAGUCGAAGCAGUUGGUGGAGCAGCAAACAAGUCGCCAGAGGCGGCAAGGAGCACUGGACGUUGUCAUAAAUCAAAGCGACGCAAUUUGCUGCUGACGAACUGCGUGCAACAACAGCAACAACAGCAACGACUAUGCCAUUACUGCUGGCCACAACACACGGCAACAAUUCCCAUCAUCAACACUUGAGCUCUGUCGAACAGUCAGCGGCAGCCACCAUGUUGCUGACGUCCCAGGCAGCAGCAGCAGCAACAGCAGCAGCACACUGCCUUGCCACAGCAACAUCAGCCACACACUGCAGCCUGGCAGCAGCAGCAGCAGCAAAUAGAACGGCAACAACAACUACAACAGCUUCGGCAUCGGCAUCGGCAACAGCAGGUGUUAAUGUUCAAAUUACUGGCAAAGGCGUUGCGGCCACAACUCUAGUCAACGAUCAACUGCAACUUCCACUUCAAGUUCCACUACAACUCCAGGCGGCUAAUUAUGCCGCUAACGUUGGCCAUUUGAAUGGCUUUAACCCUAAAGACAACUGCCCACCAGUUCCACCCACCAAAGAGGAGCAGAACUAUGAGGGAUUGCUACGCCUGCCGCAGAUCCAAGUCAAACAGGAAUUCAUGGAGUCGCUCCUAGACAGAGCCAGCCACAAUCCGAUGAGCCAACAGCAGCAGGCAGCAGCAGCAGUUUUUGCUACAAGCUGUCGUGGCAAAACAAUAUUAAAUCCCUGGUAUCUGAGGCCUGCCGAGGGCAUUGGAUAUCAUAAUUACAAUGGAAACGGCAACGGCAACGGGAACGGAAAGGGCAGCAACAGGGACAUCAACAAGGAUAUGGCACACAUGACUUCCGCUCUGGAGGGAGGAGCCAUGGGGGAUGGCCAGACAUGUCUGCUGCCGGCCCCAUCAUAUUUUGGCAUGGAAACACUGUCAUCUGUCAAGCAGCAGCAGCAGCAGCAUCAGCAUCAGAAAUCCCUGCCAGACUUUCUAAUACCAUUGCAUGAAAUUAUGUUCCAACAACAUCAUUAUCAGCAGAGAACAGCAGCAGCAGCGGCAGCGGCGGCAGCAGCAGCAACAGCAACAGCAACAACAAUGGGCACAUUAAUUAAUAGUCUGCCUCCCGGUCUGGGGGCAUACCAGUCCUGCGGCCAGGGCCCGGGCCCGGGACAGGGCAAGCCCGAGACAUUCAAGUCAUUAACCCCACCGAAGCAGGGCCCCAACGGUGAGCACUUGUUCGUCCGGCACUUUCACGAGCGGGACCGCCUCAUCCGAGAGCACCAGCUGAAGCAGCAGCUAUUGCGUGACGAGGAGCUCUCCCUGGAAGCACCACCCCACCACCAGCAGCCGCAGGAGGAGCCGUCCUGCGCCCGGGAAACCCCAGCGUCUGUGCUGGAGCAUAACCAUCAUUGGCAUGGUGUCGUCUAUGAUGGCAAUGGCCAUGCCAGGAAGCUGUUCGGCAUUGCCCCACCGCCAGCGCAGCACCAGCCACAGCCACAGCCCCCACCAACUCCGCAGCCAGCCGUCCAGCCAGUCAGGGAAGUCCUGACCUCCUCCGCUUUCUCUGCGCUGGCGGAGCCCGCCAAGGACCUCAUCAUUUACGAGCAGCCGACACCAAACGGACGACAUUGUCGUCCCGCCAACAAAGUUAUGCGACACAUGUCCAACUCUCCCACACCGCCCUCUCCGCUGCGGUCUCUAUCAGACUGCGGCAAGAGCUUCGAGGAGGAGGAACAGGAGCUGGGCAUCGAGUGCGAGAUGCCCCAGAAUCUGAGCAGCAAGCGGCAGGCCAGGGAUCUCGAUCCAGAGCUGGAGAACGAAGUGCUCAAUCUGGCGCCGCCACCAAAGAGAAUGGCCCUGACCACACCCCUGGAGGUGGAAACGAAGCCCCAGGAGGAGCCGGAACCAGAGCCAGAGCCCGGAGCAUUGCCACAGCAGCCGCUGCUUGACUUUGCACCCGGGAACAUGCAGCAGGCGCUGCAGCUGCAGCUCCACAGCUACAUCGAGAUGGUUCGCCAGCUGGCCCCAGAGGCCUUUCCGAAUCCGAAUCUGGCCUCCCAGUUCCUGCUGCAGAACUCCCUGCAGGCCCUGGCACAGUUCCAGGCCCUGCAGCAGCUCAAGCAGCAGCAGCGCGAGGACUCCAUCCACCACCAUCCCCCGAACUACUCCACCCCGCUGAGCAAGUCUCCUCUGAGGAGUCCCUCCCUCAGUCCAGUGCCGCGGCACAACAGCAAGUCCCAGCAGCGAACGCCACCGAACUCCAUGUCCGCCAACAGCCUGGGAAUGAGCAGUGCCGUGAUGACGCCGAACACCCCGAGCAUGCACAACCAGCAGCAGCACACAUCCACGAGCACUCCGAAACCGCCCAGCGGAAUGACAGUGGCCUCGGCCAUGGCCAAGCUGGAGCAGUCGCCGGAGGAGACCACCGACCUGGAGGAGCUGGAGCAGUUCGCCAAGACCUUCAAGCAGCGCCGCAUCAAGCUCGGUUUCACCCAGGGCGACGUGGGCCUGGCCAUGGGCAAGCUGUACGGCAACGACUUCUCGCAGACGACCAUCUCGCGGUUCGAGGCCCUCAACCUGAGCUUCAAGAACAUGUGCAAGCUGAAACCGCUGCUGCAGAAGUGGCUGGAGGACGCGGACACGAGUGUGGCCAAGUCGGGCGGCGGGGUGUUCAACAUCAACACAAUGACCACCAAUCUGUCCAACACGCCCGAGAGCAUACUGGGACGCAGGCGCAAGAAGCGCACCUCCAUCGAGACGACCGUAAGGACCACGCUGGAGAAGGCCUUCAAUAUGAACUGCAAGCCCACGUCCGAGGAGAUCAACCAGCUGUCCGACCGCCUACACAUGGACAAGGAGGUGGUGCGGGUGUGGUUCUGCAACCGCCGGCAGAAGGAGAAGCGCAUCAAUCCCUCGCUCGAUCUGGACAGUCCGACGGGCACCCCGCUAAGCAGCCACGCCUUCGGCUAUCCACCGCAGGCCCUGAACAUGUCCAAUGUCCACCUCGAGGCUGGUUCCGGCUCCCUCUGCGGCAGCUCCAUCAGCUCUGGCGAGUGAAUAUCCCUCCCUUCCCCCUACCCAGCCAUGUACAUAGUCAGCUAAUAGUCGUAGUCGCUGUAUCUCCAAAAUCUUCCACAACAUUCCAUUCUUUCUCCAUAUCAAAGCAAGCCAUAGAUAUAGAUAUAGAUGAAGAUAUAGAUAAAGAUAUAUAUAGAGGAACCUAGGUGAUAGCCAGUCGUAUCAGAAAUCCAUUACGAAUUUA